AUGAAUAGUUUUCAAGUAUAUAUUGUCAUUAUAAGUACAUUGAUCAAUAAAAACAACAAACCUGAACAAGCUGAAAUAGAUAUAAUGAUUAUUAACCUCCAAAUGAAUAAUGUAUUAAGAAAUGAUCAUGAUUAUUACAUUAUUAGUAUUAAAAUAGUCGACGAUCGACGCGAUAGUGGUGUUUGUUUGGUUUCGAGCAAUGUCAAAGCAGAUUGUUGUAACAGUGUUGUAGGAGUAACCUAUCACUGUGGUGGUAGUGCCUACAAGAACUCGCUACUCGUCAAGUAUAAUUGUAGAUCUCCUGUACUCGGACAGGAGGAUGGUGUAGAUAUGUGUGAACGUUGUCAAUCGGCACCAACAGGUUUCGGAAUCGUACUGGUUGUCUUUGCAUUCAUCGUUGUCUUUGCCGUGGUGGCCAUCGUCUACCGAUAUUGCAAGACGAGAAACCAAGUCAGAUACGACCGACUCAAAAACGAAAUAGAACCACUUUCAAAUACUCUAGAUAAAACUGUGGAUUAUUUUAACUUCAAAAAAAGAAACCCAAUCAUUUUAAAACAUAAUCAUUUCAAAAAUGAAAAGGUUAGCUUAUUAUUUAUUAAUAUUUAUUUUUUUUUCGGUGCUUUACCGACAACAACUAAUUGGAAUUCAAUUUCACCAUUGAUUCUUCAAAAUUUCACUGAUGGAUUACCUAAAAUACCAACUUCAGUGUUACAAGCAAACUUUAGUGGCUAUCCAGACAAUCCAUUUACAAUAUUCACUUUGGAUUUGAGCUCUAUGCCCGCCAAUGCAUGUGGACAAUCAUUGUCUCAAACAUCGGUGUUUCCUCAACAAGCUAUUGAGUAUGGUGGUGUCCAACAAGGUGCAUGUCGUGUUCUAAUCGAUGGUAACAUGAUUCAAUUGAUGAACAAACGUCAACCAGAUAACUCUGUUCCGGUGUCUGCCAAUCCUUCUUGGGUACAAUUCAGAUUCCCACUUCCCGACAAAGCAACACAUGGAACACCACAGAAAGUCAAAAUCUCGAUGGAUACACGUGGUGGCAACUAUGGUGUAACUUCAUUCGGUGGAAGUCCAUGCGGUCCACUAGGUUGUAAUAUUAGAACCGAAGGUCCAUGGGAUCCGCAAGCAAAAGCUGGAUACUAUAUUCUCUUGGGUACACCUGCAGAGCGUGGCGCAUCGUCUGGUUACACUAUUCUCGGUCCAUUCAGCGAUGAUCCCGUAAUUGACGUUCCAAUACCAACCGAAUACAAAACCGUCAAGGAACUUGAUGUAGUGGUAUUUGCAGUCAGUACCUAUCCCUAUAAUACAGGUUGUCCAUCAUCCGGUGCCUGCUAUAUCUACCUACACAAGAUUCUUAGAAUAGACACUGUCAGUCUAUAUAUGGGUAUUGACUUUACCUACAGUACCCUCCCACCAACCGGUCAUCCAAGAUUAUUCGGUAAUCAUUCCAGUUUCUGGGAAACUAAAGUCAAACCAUUCUGGGAAUUGGCUUGUGAUAACUAUGCACCUGGUGGAUUGUCUGUUCAUAACAUUCGUGAUGAUUGGGAAGUAAAUCUAUUCGGUGGUAGUAUUUGUAAGAAUAAUAGAUAUCCUUUCGAGACAAAUCCCGUUGUAAAGAACUACCUUCAAGGUACACUUAGCGCCGAUUUAAAUAUUAGAUUUAAAGAGGGAAGAAAUGCUCUCUUCCUUAUUAGAUUCCUUCAGUCUUGUUUCUACUUGCAACGAGCAGACUGUGUCUAUACCACUGACAAUCUAAAUACCCUUAUUCCAAAGGUUAUCGAUGGUGAACUCAAAUUUUGGAACAUAUGGGGUGUUUGGUACGAUGGUUACAGUGACGGAAGUGGAACGUUUGGAUUCGAUCUUGGAACACCUGCUCCUUUGAAAUUCUGGUCCACCUAUGUCGAUACUCUCUGGAACAAUUUAAAUAACACAAUAAUCACCAUGAUUGUCAACAAGAUGGAUGGUAGAGGAUUCGACUACCGUAGAGUCUAUAAAACUCAAGGUUGGGCUCUGUGGAAUGGAAACAAUUGGACUCCUGUACUUAGUUCUGGUGCUGUAUACUAUUCGGUUGUGCGUUGGUACGAGAAUGCUACACUGGCACAGGGUGUAAUGACUGAUAUGCUAUCGGUACUCUAUAGAACUCGUCAAUUCUUCUUGUCCGACGGUGUGUAUGUCGAGGGAUUGGCUCAUUAUACAACAAUGACUUGCGAUGGAUUUAUGGAAAUCGACUAUCUUAUCAACAGUGCGCUGGGAAUCCAUACAUUCGCUCUGGAUUGGAGUAUUUUCGAAAAGGUUCACAAAUGGGUUUUAGAUGCAAUCAUGACAGACUCGUUUACAAUGGAUUUUGGUGAUUCACAUUUUUCUCAGUAUGGAUCACUGACUCCAAUCUAUUCAAUGUACAUUCCCGAAAUCAUUGGUUACGGACAGCCUAUCAUAGACCCAUGUACCGUACUUAGAUUCUGGCUAUAUCAUUACUUUAGCUCUGGAUUGGAUCAAAACUUUGAUAACCACAAAGUAAUAGCGAGAAACUGGACACAAAUCACAAGUCAAUGUAAGUCAUUCAACGAUUCUGUAUCAUUCUAUCCGUUAGGUGGAAACGGUAUGUUCCGUAAUAAAGUCAAGGAAGUAAAUGCACCAAUGACUAGUCGUUCAAAGUUGGCAGAGUUUACAAAUCUUGCAAUGGAAGGGAAAUACAAUGGAUACCCACAUACAGAGAGUGAUUUUGGUGGUUUUAUUUGGAGUGGAUAUGGUGCUCGUUUCCUUUAUGAUAUGUCCUAUGGAACCAUUGCCAAAACCGACAAAACAUUGGAGAUUGAUAACAAUCCAGCGGGUGCCAAUACUUUGGUUGUUGAAGAUGCAUUCUUUGUAUAUCCCAACAACACUGUUAGUACAACCAUCAACAAAAGUCAAUUCUCACCGGUUCGUGGAACCAUUGAACAGCUGGAAAUCACUCAAGAUGGUAUCAACUUUAAAAUGUUCAAACUAGAUGGAUCAGAAGUCUACGGAAAGAGUCAACCAAACGAUGGUUGGUUGAAGAGAUUCUAUAGAUAUGCCAUAUCAAUUCCGGGUGGACAUUAUAUUAUUGCCGAUACAUUCACCAAACACUCGAGAUUUACAACUCAAAACCUCGAUAUUUCCGAAUUUUUCUAUUCCGGAUUGGAUAACCAAGAUCCAACAUCGUGUGGUCUCUACACCAUUACCAAUACAAUGAGUGUAAUCAAUGAUAAACUAAUGCAAAUCAAUCCAAUGUGUAGAAAUGUUGGUGAAACAUCUAAACCUCCUGUUGCCAGAGUGGCAGGAGAAGGUCUCAAUGGUAAUCCAAAGUUCGUCUAUGAUGGUAACAUUACAUUCAGUGGUGUAAUCUAUAAUCGUCGUGUAAGAGUCCGUUUCAAUGGUGGUCCAACUGAAACACCUGAUGCCAGAGCAUUCCUGUUGGUUGCCGCUGACAAUAGCACGGCAAUGCCCUCCACCAUUUCGAUGUCCAAACUUGCAUGCACUCAACUCGGUGCCAACACUAAAUGUCUAGAGGCAUCGGUUGACACCCAAUCCUACCGAUUGGAAUUCUCAUCGGAUUCCGAAGGUUACUCUCUAUCUUGUAUUCGACCAAAGGUUGGUGGUACCUACAGUAACGGUGUUUGUCAAUCCACCACCUCGACCACAACAACCACCGGUAGUACAUCGUCAGCGCCAGUUUCAACAACGGAUCGAACCACCACAGUUGGUGGUACCACUUCUGGUUCACCUACCACCACUGGGGGUGGAAGUACUCCAACCACCAACACUAACACUGCUGUACCAACAACAACAUCAACAACCACCCCACUAAAUGCAGCACCAAAUCUAUACACAAGACAUACCAACUUAUUAUAUAUCACAAUAACAAUCUUGGUAUCCAUAUAUUUGUAUCUUUAA